ACUCUUGUUUGCCCAGCAUCUUGAUCAGUUUGUCCACCCCUGUCUAACAGUCAGAGCCUGAGCCUCCUGGAAAGCUGCAUGUAGCCUAAGGGGAACUGAGAGUUUCUCUCUCUGGGCUACAGCCUGUUUUCUGCCUUUGUAAAAAACUGGAAGCCUCGCUGGGGCGUUUUUUUUCACCCCCGUUUUAGAGUGUGAGUCACCAACCAUGUACCAGGGAUACUGGUCUCUGUUCCUGAUCUUUAUCGCCUCCCACUGCAUAGGGUCCGUCAGAGGGCUCUUUCUUUUUGGCCAGCCCGAGUUCUCAUACAAGAGGUCCAACUGCAAACCUAUCCCCGCCUCCCUGUUGUUGUGCCGCGGUAUCGAGUACCCAAACAUGAGGCUGCCCAAUCUGCUGGGGCAUGAAACUAUCCAGGAGGUUCUGGAGCAGGCUGGAGCCUGGAUCCCUCUAGUUCAGAAGCAGUGCCACCCGGACACCAGAAAGUUCCUGUGCUCGCUCUUUGCGCCCGUCUGCAUUGAUGACCUGGAUGAGACCAUUCAGCCUUGCCAUUCGCUCUGUGAGCAGGUGAAGGACAGUUGCGCCCCAGUUAUGUCUGCCUUCGGCUUCCCCUGGCCUGAUAUGCUGGAUUGCAGCCGCUUCCCCCAGGACAACGACCUAUGCAUCCCCCCGGCUAGCAGCGACCACGUCCUCCCUACCCCCAGAGAAGCACCAAAGGUCUGCGAUGCCUGCAAAAACAAGAACGAAGAUGACAACGAUAUCGUGGAAAAUCUUUGCAAAAAUGACUUUGCCCUGAAGAUAAAAGUGAAGGAGAUCACAUACAUCAAUGGGGACACCAAGAUCACCCCUGAAACAAAGAGCAAAACCAUCUACAAGCUGAAUGGGGUGACGGAAAGGGAUCUGAGGAAGACAGUGCUCUGGCUCAAAGGUGGCCUGCAGUGUACCUGUGAUGAGAUGAAUGACAUAAAUGCACCCUAUUUAGUGAUGGGACAAAGGCAGGCUGGGGAGCUGGUGAUCACCUCCGUGAAGCGGUGGCAGAAAGGGCAGCGGGCAUUCAAACGAUUCUCCCGCAGCAUCCGCAAACUGCAAUGCUAAUCACUUCUACUCUAGUCACUUUCACCCUAGUCACUUACACCAGAUGCCCCAGUUCUGAGCUCUUCAAGCCUCUUGCACCUUCUUGUUUCAGCCUUUCUGAACCACAAGAUAUAGCAGGCAUGGGAGACAAUGGCUGUUUGUUUAAAAUGAAGAGGAGGGGAAAACCCUCCCCUUCAAAUUUUGUAAAUAUAUUAAAACUGUAAUAAAAAUCAUGAAUAUUUUUGUGAAGUAUUAAAAUAUCUUGCUUAAAGCUAGUUUGUUUGUGUUUGGUUUGGUUUUUGCAUAAGUGCAAAUGUGACACUGGUCUCAAAUUUUUCUUUUUCCUUCACAUU